AUUACUUGGAAGAGUAGAGAUGAGUAGCAAAGUCAGAGUUGGAGAUGAUGCCAACCCCAGAAUGCAGUUGGGGAAAUAAUGGAGGCAAAGAAAAGAUUCAUUAGACCCUCAAGGCAUCCUUUUCUUUUCUUCAAUUCUGAAGAGGUUUCAACUCUAAGCAACCUCUCUCUUUUUUUUUUUUUCCACUUUAUCUACUUUUCUCUUUUUAAAAAGGUAUCUGCAUAAUCGUCUUCUCCCCCAAAAUCCCAUUAUUCCCCCAACAAUCCAGAACCAAAUUCCCUGGAAAAAUCUAGUCUUUUUGUCAUUCUUCAUCUCUCCUUUUUGGGUUCUUAAAAGGGUAAAAUUGAUGUUGCAAAGACAGCAGGGAAAAUCUUCUUUUAGGGAAUCUCUUAAAGCUCUUGAGGCUGAUAUACAGCAUGCCAAUAGCCUGUGAGUUUUUAUUUCGAUGCCAUGGUUGGGUAAACUGUAUAUGCUUCUACCCAAAUUUCAUAAUUGAUUAUCUUUAUGCAUUUCCCCUUGUUCUGAGAUGGUGAUCAGCUGCUAAAGUUUCUAAAUUCGCCUCCUUUUCUGGGCAUGUAAUUUGGUGGGUAGAUGGGUAUCUCUCAUAAAUAGCUAUUUUUCAUUUUUUUGCUAGAGACAUUAUGCAUAGUUUUGAUUGUCAUUGCUCAAUUCUGGUUUUGGAAAAUGGUUUAUGCACAAAGUUGUCUGUUUUGGUUCUUUGAUGGUAUAUUGAUGCUUACCUUGACAAAGUUCGUCAUUUUUGCUUUACUUUUCUCUUAGAAAUCUUGUUAAUUGUUGACUAGAAAUUUAAUGUGCCUUUUGGUUUGGGUUUUGGGGAUGUGGAUUUUUCAGGGCAGCUUGUCUUCCAAGAGAUUAUGAUGGGGAUUGCAUUCAAAUGAGAUUGUCUUACAGCCCUCUUGCUCCCUUCGUUCUGUUUUUGAUAGAGUGGAUGGAUUAUAGUUGUAUGGAUACCCUCCCUAGUUUUUUAGGCCUUCUCCACAUACUAGUAUACAAGGCAUAUGUUGAUGGAGUGCCUGCAUUGUCCUCCAAAGAGAGGAAAGCCACAUUAAGAGAAUUUUAUGCUGUUAUAUACCCUUCCCUUAGGCUACUUGAGAGUGAGUUUAUUGAAUUAGAAAAUAAUCAGAAGCGAAGCCAAUGCAUGGAAGUUUUGAACAGAAAGGGGGUGAAAGAUCGUAGGAAGUUAUCUGAUAGAGAUAUGGAGAGAGAUGAUGAAUGUGGAAUAUGCAUGGAAAACUGUACAAAGAUGGUACUGCCCAACUGUGGGCAUGAAUUGUGCAUUAGCUGCUUCCAUGAUUGGAAUACUCGUUCCCAGUCCUGCCCCUUUUGCCGCAGCAGUCUAAAGAGGGUGAAUUCAACAGAUUUAUGGGUUCUCACCAGCAACAAUGAUAUCAUUGACAUGGGUACUCUUGCUGAAGAGAACCUGAGGCAUCUCUAUCUUUUCAUUGAAAAUCUCCCUCUUGUAAUGCCUGACACGAAUUCAAUUGUAUACGAUUACAUGUAUUGACUACAGAGGAGGAUUCCACAUGAAAUUUCAGCCACCCAUUGUACAUAUAAUCUGGUAUGGGGAGCUUUAGCUUAUCUAUGUUGAGGAAUUGCUUCAUCACAGCUGUGUGUAAUGAACUUAGCUGCUUGAUAUCAUGAACUGGAAACCAGCCUGCAGGUUGCUUUAAAGAUGAAUGAAUUUUGGUGUUCUACAGCCUAGACAAAAGCAGCAGUUAUGAUCGUACAUAUACGUAGCAAAAUGAUGGAUGUAAAGAGAAAAACGGAAAGGUACAUAUCCUGCAUUCAACUCAGAAUUUUGGAGCCUGGGUGUUGGACGUAUGAAGAUGUAAUCUUCCUGCUUACUUUCAUAUUAUGUAUGGUAAAUAUUUAUUAUAAAUGAAAUCUAUUUUU